CUAAAAGUGGCUGAAGAGAAGAAAAGCCUUCGUAUAGAAGAAGCUCCCUCUCGUUCUCUCUAUCUCUCUAUAGGUGUGCUUCACGAGCUCACACUUCAGUUUCAGCUUCAAUUUCUCUCUCCUUUCCAUACCCGAUCCGAAUUCCCCAUCUCUUUCUCUCUCUAGAUUUCCCUCUCCAAUGCCGUUUACGUGAAGAUUCACUCCUUCAAUCGACUGUUUCGUUCGUUCCUCGCUCGCGGAUCCUCGGCCUCCGAUCAGAGUCGACUCACCGCAUUGACCGAGUCAGUCAACGCUCCGACCUUGACCAAUGGGGGCCGUGCCUUCGACCCCUCGCUGGAGCGGCGCGCGACCGCAGGACACGGCGGAGUACCUGAUCGCCACCUUUGUCGGCGAGAAGUCCUUCCCAAUCUCCUCCGAUUUCUGGCAGAAGCUUCUCGAGCUCCCCCUCAAUCUCCAAUGGCCGUCCCACCGCGUUCGCCAAGCCUGCGAGCUUUUCGUGCGGAAUAACUAUAACACCAGGAAUCUUGCAAAGAUUUUCAUCCAUUUGGCAUGGUGUUUGCAAGAGUGUAUUUCAACUUCUGGUGCACCAUCCGUUGUUUAUGGAAAGGCUCUUAAUGCAUUGUACAUCUCAUCAAUCUUCCUAAAGUACUUAAUAGAAAAUGCCAAAACGGACAAGAUUGAGGAGUUGCAUCUAUUCCUAGAUGAAGCUGAACCAACACCAACAGAUGUUACGCAAGGUUUGACGAUACAAGAUUUUCUUGUGCAUGCUGUGCUUCGCUUCAUUGGUUCAAUAGAUGUAAGUCCCAAUACAUACGUCCUCCAUUUGGAGCUGCUUAACUUCAUGCUGAUAGCAAUGUCAACUCAACUUCUUUCUGGGCCAUCUCCUGGACUGAAAGAUGUGAACCCCUUUAUUGAUGCGGCAAUGGCUCAGGAAAGCUCGUUGGUUAUCUCAGUUGUGUGCAGACUUCUAGUCAAUUACAUCACGCACCCUCCCUUCAACACUGCAUCGUACUCGAUAUUUUCUGAGGGAAGUCAGCCUGGUGUUCUACAAAAAGUCAGUUCUGCAGCUGCAAAUAUUGUAUUGUUACCAUUCAAUUAUCUGGUCAGUUCAAGUGGUGAAGGCUCAAAAGGUCCAUUGGCGGACUGCAGUCUCCAUGUACUGCUUAUUCUUAUUCAUUAUCGUAAAUGCGUGUUGGGGGAUGAGUUCAUAACAGACAAAAGUGAUGGCACUGCUGCUUCAGAUUCCAAUUUGAAGCUAACUAUGUGUUUUUCUGACAAUCCUUACUGCAAAGUCGUAGAGAAUACAAUGGAUGUUGAAUUUGAUCGUUUAGAUACUGAAGGGAAUGCACACAAUGGUCCAGUUUUGAGGUUGCCUUUCGCUUCUCUUUUUGAUACUCUUGGAGUGUGCUUGGCUGAUGAGGCUGCUGUACUGUUGCUCUACUCGUUACUGCAAGGCAACUCAGACUUUCUGGAAUAUGUCUUAGUGCGAACUGAUUUGGAUACAUUGUUGAUGCCCAUUCUGGAAGCUCUAUACAAUGCUCCUAAGAGGUCGUCUAAUCAAAUUUACAUGUUGUUGAUUAUACUUCUCAUGCUCAGUCAAGAUUCCUCCUUUAAUGCAAGCAUUCACAAAUUGAUACUUCCAAGUGUUCCCUGGUAUAAAGAACGUCUCCUCCAUCAGACGUCCCUUGGUUCCUUGAUGGUUAUAAUCUUGAUAAGGACCGUGCAAUAUAACCUGUCAAAGCUGCGGGAUGUUUAUCUCCAUACUACUUGUUUGGCAACUUUGGCAAACAUGGCACCCCAUGUUCACCGCCUGAGCUCAUAUGCAUCACAGAGACUGGUCAGCCUUUUUGAUAUGCUAUCACGGAAGUACACUAAAUUGGCAGAGAUACGAGAUAAUAAUAUGCAUUUAGCAAAAGGAAACUCAGUAGACGAAAGUGGCCUUUCUGAUGAUACGUCAACAGAGAUGCAUAUAUAUACAGAUUUUCUGAGACUUGUCCUUGAAAUACUAAAUGCAAUUCUUACUUAUGCUUUGCCGCGAAAUCCUGAGGUUGUAUACGCAAUAAUGCACAGGCAGGAAGUUUUCCAGCCUUUUAAAAGCCAUCCACGGUUCACUGAGCUCCUGGAAAACAUCUACACCGUAUUGGAUUUUUUCAAUAGUCGCAUGGAUGCACAGAGGGUGGAUGGAGAAUGGUCAGUAGAGAAAGUCCUCCAAGUAAUAAUUGUUAACUGUCGAUCUUGGCGGGGUGAAGGGAUGAAGAUGUUCACUCAAUUACGCUUCACAUAUGAACAAGAGAGUCAUCCAGAGGAAUUCUUUAUCCCAUACGUGUGGCAGCUAAUUUUAUCCCGCGGUGCUCUCAGUUUCAAUCCAGGAGCCAUAAAUUUGUUUCCGGCUGAUUCACCUCCAGAAAGACAAAAUGAUUAUGGAAUGUUUCCCAACGGUCAAGUGAAUGGUGAGUUGGAGCGUGCGGUUUUCUUGGACGCAUAGCGGCCACCAAAAGAAACACACUUCUCCCACUUCCUGGUGAUUCGUGAAUAUGUAAAUACAUGAAAUAUUAGAAAUAUAUAUAUAUAUAUAUAUAUAUUCUUGUCAUUCUUUUCUGUUUAUAUAUGUUUUGUAUCACUGUAGAGGCCUUUCUCCCAAAGAUAUAUUUUGAAUGUCCAAUGUAAUGAA